UCCUGGGAUGGGGACCAAUAUUUUUUACAACCUCCUCUACACCCCACCCACAAAGAUUAUGAUGCUGACUGGUUGUAGCAGUGUGUCAACCCCAGUGGCGGAGGCAGCAAGGAUGUGGAAUCUAGUAGUGCUUGCCUUUGGAGCCAGUUCACCCGCCCUGUCCAACAGGAAGCGGUUCCGCACCUUCUUCCGGACACACCCUUCUGCAACCCUCCACAACCCCACCAGAAUCAAGCUUGCCAGGACGUGGGGCUGGAAGCGCAUCUCCGUCAUCCAAGAGACCCAAGAAGUCUUCACCUCAACCAUAGAAGACUUGGAGCAACGUGUGAAGGCUGAAGGCAUGGAGAUCAUCAGUAGGCAAAGCUUCCUUACUGUUCCCGACAACGCAGUCCAGAACUUGAAGAGGCAGGAUGCUCGUAUCAUCGUCGGGGUAUUCUACGUGGGCAUGGCAAGGAGAGUCUUCUGCGAAGUAAGUCACAGGAUCAGAACUCGAUCCCAGGUUUUUUUUUUUUUCUUUCUUUUUUAACAUUAAAUCAUUUCUGAAAAAAAAACCUCUGGGCAAUCAGAACACUAUCCCAUCUUUUCUACUUCUUUUCUAAUUGUUUCUGUAAAAGAAAUCUCCAAGCAAUCAGAACUCUUUUUCUACUUCUUUUCUAAUUGUUUCUGUAAAAAAAAUCUCCAAGCAAUCAGCACUCUUUUUCUACUUCUUUUCUUUCGUAACAUUAAAUCGUUCAGUAAAAAAAUCUCAGAUCAUCACAUUUUGCCUUUGCAAUUGUGCAGGAAUACUUUAAAACCAAGGAAAACAGUCAUUGAUAGAAUCAUAGCCAAAUUGGCAUAUACCUCUAGGAACGUUCUUGCACCAAGCAAACUCUUUCUUUGUCUCAUUAGGAUUAGGGACAAAAGAUAAAGUGAUUUAUUGAAAGAAAAAUCUGUUGAGCCAGUGGAGUUUUGGUUUCACAUUUGUUCACGUGCAUCCCCAGUGACUACGAACCCAGAAAAUUUUAAGGGUGAAUUCCCAAUGGAGUCCAAGUACUUGUUUUUUCAAUAUAAAUAGACUCUGUAAAGGGCUAUUCCAUAGAUUUUAAGGGUGUUUCACAAAGAUUCAAGGCUAAUAAGUGCACUUACAUGCCCAGUUGAUUUGUGCUGUAUGACACAUCACCACAUUGAUCAGGGCCCCGUUUCAGAAAGGCUUAAAACUGUUGAAAAUUUGUCAUUAUUGAACUUCCAUAGUAACAGGGCUCACCAGCCAAUCGCAAUUAAGUUUUAGAUGUAACAGUAAAUGUUACAGUAAUGACAAAGUUACAAUAAUUCACGUCUUUAUAAAAUGGCCCCCAUAUCAUACUCCAGUAAUGCGUCUUAUUACCACGUAUUCAUCAAUUAGAUAACACCGAGUUGCUGUUUAAGUGUAUAUUACCUGAAGUUGCAGCAAACAAUUAUUUCAUGAGCAGGAGCCCGUAACACAAAGCUUAGCAAUGACCGUAGACACAUAUUUGUACGAUUGAUUCCAUUGACUACAAUGUACAAUCAAUUGUGAAAAAUCAAGCGUACGAUUAAUCUCUAACUGAGGAAGUCUACAUAAUAGCUUAAGUCCUCUCUUUCUUUGUCUCUUUUCCUACUAAGCGCACAGAGACGCCCAUGGGUAGUGAUAUGCGCUAUACAAGCAACGUCGUAUUAUUAUUAUUAUUUGUGUUACAGGACCUAGGUCUAACAUAUUGUGGUAGAUCUUGAUCUGGUAUAUAGUAACCUAACUCUGAGAUGGAAUCUCAGCUGAAAAAUGACCGCAGUUAAGAUCACCGGUUCAUGCUUCAUUGCUCGAAAAACAACCAAUCCUGACUAAAAUAUCAUGCAUGUUUGUCAAUUUCUCAGCAAGUACACAUAUCCCACCACAAUAAUUUGGCACAUUUUUAUCAGCCAUACUCUUUGUUUGUUUGUCAUUUCAUUGGACUCUGUUUGACCUCACUUUCAGGUUGUUACCACAACCGCAUUUUAUAUUCAACCUUUUGUGAAACACCCCCUAAACUGCCAUAACACAGAACUUGGCAAUUGAUCACACAUACGAUUGAUUUUUGUGAUUAAUUUCCCAUAGUGAUCUAUGCAAUCAAUUGUUAAUGUCUACCCCAUGAUCAAUGGCCAAGGUUUGUGUCACAUGGCUCAUGGGGGUGUCAUUGUAAAACAUCGAUCGCCGUCCCUUUAAGGAGGGAUCUAUUAAUGUCCAAGCCAAUGGUAUCACUUUUAUUUAAAAUACUUCCCAACUGACGCUGCACCAGAAAAUGCUAGGGGUUAUCUGCCAGUGGAGUUUGAUUUUUCCCCCUAAGUGCAACAUGAUUACUCGGCACUGUGGGACUGUAGGCGUCAUUAUAUAAACCUCAUUUGUCGUCUUGUGAGAGAUAUACCUGUGUUGUUGGCAAGGUGUUGCGAUCGAUCAAGUAAAACAGAAGCCUCCUGAAACAAAGGAAACGGUAUCAUUUUGAAUCAAUGUGCACUUCUGCAACCUUGAACUGGAAAAAAUUGCAAGGUUGCAUUGGUGCAGUGUAUUUGGUAAAUUGCCACUUGGUCUAAGUGUACACCCACUUUGUCUAAUUUAUAUUUGGUCUCAUCCAACAUGGUCUAGUCCUUUGUCUACUAACGAGGUAACCAUGUGGUCCAAUUGCCAUUCAGCCCAUUUACCAUUGAAAAUACAAAAUAGAAGGACUUUAAAAUUUAUCUUUACAGAAUUUUUGAGUGGGAAUAGGUUGAUGACCUCAUACUUCAAGGCAAUACCAUGUCUACAAAAUUGUUUGCUGAUUGUAACCUUGUAAUCAAAAGUCUUUUUAGGAUCUUGUGUUGAAUCUCAUAUCAAACAUAGAAUCAACUAGUUAGGCCAGGUCCAUGCAAUAUUUGUAUAUAUUCCCUAGUUCUAAGAAAUAUAAAUAUAAACCUGUUAUAUUAAGCCUUUGGGAUUAAUGGAUUUGUUACCCUUGGUAGAAAACCUGAAAAUUAUAAGCACGAGAUUGUCAAUUGCAUAAACCGAGUCUUCAUUUCUACUUUUGUUACCAUGAAUUGAAUCUGUUUUUCGUAUAUUUUGUACCAUUGUCAUCCAUAAUGUCUCUGAACAGCGAUAAACAUAAAAAUAUAAACCAGAUUGACCAAACUUACCAGUACCCCCC